ACAGAUAUGUGCAUUGCCACAUGAUGUCCAAGCCUCUCAAUCCCUCCCGCCUCAACCUACUUGUUCGACGGCAGCCUCUCAUCUUCGGGAUACCUUUUGUCCUCCUUAUGAUAGGCUCUUCAUACGGUCUCGCUGCCAUUAUUCAAACCAAAUAUGACUACCGAGAUAAACAAGUCAAGCAGGUCACCAAGGAGCAGGAGCUCAAACUCGAGCACGGUCGAAAGAAGUUUGACAUCAGGGAAGAGUAUUUCCGACUCUCUGCCCAACCCGACGAAGACUGGGAUAUGAAGCGUGUUCCGCGACCGGAAGGGACACCAGAAUGGGGUGUGCCGCCCCCUGAGCCGACGAAGACGAAAGCUUGAAUAUCUUUGUUCAAAAUCGAGUCUAGCCUACUAGGUGCAUGCUUCGGAAGCUCACAUCCCGUGCUCUUGCGCCCUCGCCACACCGUUCGGCUCUCGUCGCUCAAUUUCAGAUGGAAGGCCCAGCUAACAUCCAGAUGAGGCGAGAGGUGUUGCAGGUCAAUAAAGAUGCUGGAUUCGGGCCGCCAACGGCUCGGCGUUCCGCAAAGUAUAUAAACACUUCGUGAAGAGAAUAAGUUUAUCGUUGCUGCGAUUGCUGAAACUCGGUGGACGAAGGGCGGUAGAGUGAGUGCUUUACGCAUACAUACGCAUAAUACCUAUCAUGGUAUGCGGCGCAGGCCACUACAACUGUAGCUAGUAGUACCUGAUAUCGUCUUCGGAAGCGGCACGGAAACAUUCCAGUCACAGUAAAUUAUAAGAGGUAAUCAAAGUUGUUGCAGCGCAUUGUGGCGGUGCAUCGUUAGUUGACUCUUGACGGCGCACUCUUGCGAUGGAGGGCAAAAAGCCGUCUUCGUCCUCGUCGCGGUUCUCGACCCUACGGGUCUUCAAGUUUGGGGCCAAGAAUCCCCCUGCUCCACCUCCAAAGGAUCCGGUGUACCUUGCAGCGCGGAAUCGUUCGCUGGCCUCCCUGUCGCCCGAGUCGCCUCUAUCACCAGAGCAGUAUGCGACCACCAACGCUUCGGCAGUCUCCUUGGUCCUCCCAUCCGGAGCUGCACCGCAACAGCCUCCUCCAUCAGCCUCUGGUAGCAAGCGUGGAGGGCUCUUCAAGUUCUCCUCGACGUCGUCCUCGUCCAAAAAGAGUAUCAACCACGAUAGCCCGACGGACGACGAGAACAUUUCGAUGCCAUGGAACUUCUCUCAUAAUGUCCAUGUAGAUGAAGGAUUUGUAGGGUUGCCGCCGUCUUGGACAACGUCUUUGCAGGAGGCUGGUUUUUCGGAGGAGGAAAUUGCAGCCAUCCAGCAGCGGAAGAUGGCGGACCGUCCCUUUCCAAGAUCACCUGCAGUAGCCGUUGUCAAGCCAGUUCCCCGUUCCACUUCGUUACCGAGACCACAAGGACCAGCUGCAUCGAGAAAUCCGACCCAUACGCCUGCGUCAUCGUUGGGAUCUUCGACUUCGGCCAAUUCGUCGCCCGUUCCCGUCCCACUGGUUCCUAAGGUCUACCAACAGGAUUCCCAAGCUCAGAAGUCUGCUCAGAAGUAUCCCCAACCUCCACGAGCAUACGAUCAGGGUCGUGCUGCACCGCCAAGGCAACGGGCGGAGUCACCACAAGCUACACAAAUCUCUGACGGGAUGCGGUCCUAUUCUCCCGUUUCGCUGUCUACGACCCAUUCACGAAAUACCUCGGCUUACUCCCAGACUCAGUCGCGUCCCCCUUCUCCCACUUCUCUACCUCCAGUACCUGCUCCUCUAAUACCCGCCAUACGAAGGCAAUCCCCAUCAAAUUCGAGACCAGCGUCACCUCCGCUCUCGAGAUCAUUAACACCUCCGUAUUCCCCUUCUCCUCCAAUAUCACGGUCGCCCUCUCCUCCCCCAGUCUCCAAAACCGCGCCAAAUCUGGCCCCUCUCGAUCUCAAACUGGACUUGAGUCUUGACCUUGACGAAGGUGCUGAUGCCUGGUCAGAUCAAGUGCUGUCCGCUGGACCUUGGUCGGCCACUUUGGCUGGUUUCGCCCGCAGCCCGUCUUCAGCGAACGCUCCGCUCACACCAGAUUUUGUCCGCGACGGUGAGACCGGAUUGGCAUAUGAUGACGAAGAGGAAGAAUCGGGGCCCAAUCGGAACACGAUUCGAUUAUCCGCCCCACAACGUGAUAUGCUGCGUUUGCCACCGUCUCCCUUAUACGAUACACAACGAAGCACGGCACGACUGUCGCCGACAUCGCCUGCACUGUUGUCUCCCGACGUGCAAGAUUCACGGGACCGGGAGAACCGAGAUUCGGGGAUGAGCGAUUCCACGAUGUUGGGUGUGCCGCACAGCGCCGGCAUAGUCAAUCAAGCAAACCUCGUGAGAAGAGCCGUGGCUGCUACUGUCCCUGUUGCACCUGCCAUCAAAGCUCCGUCGGCCUCUAUCGCGCCUGCCUCUCCUCAAUCCUCCCACUUCGGCUCCUCGUCCGGGUCUGGAUCGGACAGCCAGGACCACCUGGUUGAGACACCCGUCACAGAACUCGACGAAGGAGAGUCACGGAAGAUGGUCGUUGGCACACAGGACGAUGUUGGUAAACCCAAGUCCACAGGCUCUAAGGCAUCGGCGCGGGACUAUUACCGAGAAGGACGCAAUUAUUUGAAAGAGAAUGGCUUUAGACUGGACAGCGCGACACCGGAACGUCAGGAAUUUGAGAAGAAAGAGAAGGAACGACCCUUGGUUGCUCCCGUUGUGACAAGUCGGAACGAACAACGAGCUGCUCUGGAGCAGCGGGAUGCCCAAAGGAUCAAGGCUUUUGAAGCUCAAUCGGCUGGUGUCCAGGCCGAUGCUGGUGACGACGACGACGACGAGGACCCCGAGGAGGCGUUGAGAAGGAUAGAAUGGGAAGCCAUGCAGAAAGGACUGUCAAGGAGAGAGGUGGAAGAGCAAGUGGCACAGGCUCAACAGCAGAGGCUAGCAGGCCGGCAGCAACAAGCAUCUGCUCAGCUGCAGAGACCCACGGACCAGAGCCGGGCUCCCUCAGAAUACAGGCCAGCACCUCUGGAUGGACGGGCUGCUCUUAUGACCAGCACAACAGAUACGUUUGGAGGUGUCUUGGAUGAAGAGGAUGACAUUUAUGACGACGACGGCGAAGACGAGGGAUAUGAGUAUGGGUAUGAAUUUCCUACAGAGGGCGAGAUGGACGUCAGCCCAGAUGCCAGUAGCGCUGGCAUCUCCCUCGUUUUACCCUCGAAUCACCGCCCGACCAUUCACGUAACGACCACGGCAGAAUCCCCUGGCCCAUUGACUGCUCUUGGUCUUGCUGCGACACCAGUGACGCCGGCACUCCGAUAUGCGGGAUGGGUUGCGGAUGCCGUCGCUCCACUGCGGGGAUUUAUCGACGAGCAAAUAGACCCGCGGGAGUUCUACACCGAUCUGACCGAAAUCGCGGAAGGCGAAUCGGGCAGUGUGUUUGCUGCGGCGCUGGUUCCAGACGCAGCGCACCUGAAGCUCAGGCUGCCUCCGCACAUUCAGACGCGCGACUUGGACCAGCUUGCUGCGCAAGAGAGGGUUCUAGUUGCGAUCAAGUCUGUCACGCUCGUACCCGGUGGAACACCGAAGGUGUUUGACGUGGCCCGAGAGUGCGAGCUUUUGCGCGGGCUGUGGUGCGAGCAGCUUGUCGGCUUGGAUGCACUAUAUGUCGAUCUCGUUGACGAUUCCUUGUGGAUACGCAUGGAACUGAUGGAGCGCAGUCUGGCUGAUGUCAUUGGUCUGGUCGAAGAAGGGCUGCAGCUGCAAGAGCCGAGGGUCAUGGCUCGGUUCGCGAACGAUAUGCUGCUGGGACUGGACUAUCUGCAGAAGCACGGCAUCGCGCAUCGGGAUGUGCGAUCUGACAAUCUGCUCCUUAAUAGUCAGGGCGUCCUUAAGCUUGCCGAUUUCUCGAACGCGUGGAGGCUUAGUGAAGAGUCACCGUUGGCCACUGACGAAGUCGGGGUCAUCUACUGGCAGGCCCCCGAGGUUCGCACCGGGGCGUAUGAUCCGCUCAAAGUUGACGUUUGGUCUGUCGGAGCCACGAUCUGGGAACUUGCCGAGGCCACUCCACCGUUCGCGGACACGCAGGUGCCUGAAGAUCGAUGGCCAGCCCUGACACAGCCGGAUCUAUAUCCGCCAGCAUUCCACGACUUCCUGACGAGGUGUUCUGAGCCUGCUGCGUCGCGGCCGACACCAGCUGCUUUGCUCCAGACUCCUUAUCUUCAGAGGUCUUGCGGUCGACCUGUGAUCAUGCAGCUGCUCUCCCAAUGCAUGGUCAUCGAGCAGGCUCUUCACGGUUGAUCAGCAUCUGCAUGGCAUGGCACACAUUCUUUUCGGGCGGACUUUAUUGCAUCAUCUAUACACUAGUCGCAUCUGCUGCUUUCAUCUCACGACAUCCAGCAUACCCCACAGGAUCUCAAGUAAUCUUUAUUUAUCACCGUGCAUACGUACUUACCACUUCGGCGCAUAUCGAACUUCUUUUCUGUGUAAACAGCUACUGAUUUCACGCGAGGCCAGCAGCGAGACAUGUGUAAAUAAAUAAUGCAAAUGAAAGCGGAGAGCAUUACAUGAGUUGGUUAAUGUUAGAAUGGUACAAUCUACACAUCAAUGGACGAGCUGCAGAUGGGCUUCUUUGAGCCGUUCCUGGGUGCGCUCAGCUGCUGCAUCGUACACAUAAUGCUGCACAGGGUGAUGCAUAUGCUGCCACAACUUGGCCGGGGACUCUU